AUCCCUCUUGCUUCCUGCCAUCAUGCGCACUCACAUAUCCACAUGCCUCUUGGCUGUUGCGGCGGCGAGCAGCGCGCCGCUCGUCGCUGCUUGGGGCGCUGCAGGCCACGAGAUCGUCGCCACCAUCGCGCAGGCGUAUCUCCACCCCUCCGCACUGCCGGCCAUCUGCGAGAUCCUGAACUACACGUCCCCCAACCCCGACGAGCCGCCGUGUCACCUCGCGCCGAUCGCGACGUGGGCGGACAGGUUCAAGUACCGCAUGCGCUGGUCCGCGCCACUGCACUAUGUCGGCGCGCUUGACGACUACCCGUCGGAGACCUGUCUGUUCCCGGGUGACCGGGGCUGGGCAGGGAGGGUCGGCGGCAAUGUGCUCGCGGGCAUCCGCAACACGACGAGUCUGCUUGAGGACUGGGUGGCGGGAGAGGCGGACGACGCCACUGCGAACGAAGCGCUCAAGUUCCUCGUCCACUUUGUCGGCGACAUGCACAUGCCAUUGCAUCUCACUGGUCGCGAUCGUGGAGGCAACUCGGACAAGGUCACCUUCGACGGGAGGGUUUCUAACCUCCACUCCGUCUGGGAUGGACUACUCAUCGCCAAAGCCCUCCGCACCAUCCCCUACAACUAUACCAAGCCUCUCCCCGACCCUGCCAUUGAGUACAACCUUCGUGACACGAUCUACGACCCCUACGUUCGCCGUGUCAUCUGGGAGGGCCUCAUGGGCGAAUGGAAGGACGAGGCUGCGGACUGGCUGGCGUGUCCUGCUGUCACGCCCGCCUCUGCGGAAUCUUCCACCCCUGACAUUUGGCAACAAGUCCUCUCCGCGGUCACUACUGGAAUCUCGCAAGAUGUUGACGACGACGUGCUCUGCCCGCACCACUGGGCCAAGCCCAUUCAUGCGCUCAACUGCGAGAUCGUAUGGCCGAAGGCCCUCGACGAGCCACCGUACUCUCAUCUCUCGUCCAGGCUCAUGGGCGCUUGGGACACCGCGGACAUGGGCCACGCCGACACGCCGGAGGAGGAGUACGCGAUGAUGGAUGAGGAGGGACACUUCAUCGGUGGCGAGGCGCGGCCGAGGAGCCCCUACCUCGAGCUCGAUACCCCGGAGUACACUGGUGUUAUCGCGGAGCGUCGUAUCGUCGAGAAGCUCAUGGCGCAGGCUGGUAUACGCCUGGCUGCUAUUCUGAACUCACUUUUUGCUACUGAGGAAGCCUCGUAGGCUAGGAAUCACUAAUCUUGUAACAUAUAUACGGAAGAUAACGAUGACUAUGAUACGUGA